AUGGAAGGCUGGAAACGAGAAAAUAUUUCCAACAAAGACGUAUUGCCUCUAGAGACCAUACAGUUCGCGGUAAAGGAAGCCAAAAGCUGGAGACUGGCCCAACGAACCCCGGAACUCGUGGAAGACCCGAUAGAAGAGGAGCUGCAAACCGACGAACAGCCUCAGCCACGCACAAGCUGUCCUCCACUGUGGAGCUGUCAAACCGACGCAUCAUGGAUAAACAAAGACGAGAGAGCAGGCCUGGGUUUUGUGGUUAUGUAUGCAGGUAAACCGAUGCUGUAUGGAGCAAGAGAACUAUCCAGAGCGACAUCCUCCCUUCACGCAGAAGCCGAAGGUCUUAUAUGGGCAAUGCAGGAAGUUUUAAAAACAAGGAACAGAAGCGUACAAUUUGAAAUGGACUGCAAGCAACUCGUUAAGCUGAUACAAAGUGAAGAAGAUUGGCCCUCCAUGGCAGCUGAAAUUGAUGAGAUCAAAGCUCUAUCGCUGGCAUUUCUGGAAAUUUCCAUCAUUCAUAUUCCAAGAUCCUCGAACGUCCGUGCAGACAGCCUUGCUAAAGGUGGAAGAUCAUGA